CUCGCCGUGAAACCCAGUCUCCGGGGGAUGCGGCCCCUCUCCAGGCUCCCGGGGACACAGCUCUCGAGCCUUGCAGGGCGCCGACCGCGGAGAAGCUGUUCUCGGCCCCGCGGGUCUCCUGGUGGCGCCCAUGGCGAAAGGUAAAUGAGCAGCGAUGGAUCAAGAAGGUGGGGGCGAUGGGCAGAAGGCCCCGAGCUUCCAGUGGCGGAACUACAAGCUCAUCGUGGAUCCUGCCUUGGACCCUGCCCUGCGCAGGCCCUCGCAGAAGGUGUACCGCUACGACGGAGUCCACUUCAGCGUCAACGACUCGAAGUAUAUACCCGUCGAAGACCUUCAAGACCCCCGCUGCCAUGUCAGGACUAAAAACAGAGACUUCUCCCUCCCUGUCCCCAAGUUUAAGCUGGAUGAAUUCUAUAUCGGACAGAUCCCCCUCAAGGAAGUGACUUUUGCAAGACUGAAUGACAACGUGCGGGAGACCUUCCUGAAGGACAUGUGCCGGAAGUAUGGUGAGGUGGAGGAGGUCGAGAUCCUCCUGCACCCGCGUACGCGCAAGCACCUGGGCCUGGCCCGCGUGCUCUUUACCAGCACCCGGGGAGCCAAAGAAACGGUCAAAAACCUCCAUCUUACCUCCGUCAUGGGCAACAUCAUACACGCUCAGCUGGACAUCAAAGGACAGCAACGAAUGAAAUACUACGAGCUGAUAGUCAAUGGUUCCUACACCCCUCAGACGGUGCCCACGGGGGGAAAGGCCCUGAGUGAGAAGUUCCAGGGUGCAGCUGCCGAGACGACUGAAUCCCGCCGCCGCUCCUCCUCUGACACGGCUGCCUACUCGACUGGCAGUGCUGUCGCGGGCACUCCUGGCAAUGGCACCCCCUGCUCCCAGGACACAAGCUUCUCUGGCAGCCGACAGGAUACCCCAUCUUCCUUUGGCCAGUUCACCCCUCAGUCAUCCCAAGGAACCCCCUAUACUUCUCGGGGCAGCACCCCCUACUCUCAGGACUCUGCCUACUCCAGCAGCACCACCUCAACCUCUUUCAAGCCCCGACGGUCAGAGAACAGCUACCAGGAUUCCUUCUCCCGCCACCAUUUUUCUGCAUCUUCAGCCCCCACGACCACGUCUGCAGCCAUCCCUGUCACCACCGCAGUCACCGCCGCGUCCUCUUCCUCCUCCUCGUCCUCCUCGUUGUCUUCGUCAUCCUCCUCCUCCUCCUCGUCUUCAUCUUCGUCCUCUCAUUUUCGUGGUUCCGACUCUAACUACCCUGCAUAUUAUGAAAGCUGGAACCGCUACCAACGCCAUGCUUCCUACCCACCCCGCCGGGCCACCCGAGAGGAGCCCCCGGGCGCCACCUUUGCUGAAAACCCAGCCGAGCGCUUCCCGCCGUCCUACACCUCCUACCUGCCCCCUGAGCCUGGCCGGCCCGCCGACCAGGACUACCGGCCUCCUGCCUCAGAGGCCCCACCACCAGAGCCCCCAGAACCUGGUGGAGGUGGAGGCGGUGGGGGGCCCAGCCCUGAGAGGGAAGAAGCUCGGACCUCCCCUCACCCGCCCUCACCUGCCCGCUCAGGCUCCCCAGCCCCUGAGACCACCAACGAGAGCGUGCCCUUCGCUCAGCACAGCAGUCUGGACUCCCGCAUCGAGAUGCUGCUGAAGGAACAGCGCUCCAAGUUCUCCUUCCUGGCCUCAGACACCGAGGAGGAGGAAGAGAACAGCAGUGCGGGCCCCGGGACUCGGGACUCAGGGAGCGAGGUGCCUUCCGGCUCAGGUCAUGGACCCUGCACGCCCCCUCCGGCACCGGCGAGUUUUGAGGAUGUCGUACCUGCGGGGAGUGGGGAACCGGGGGCUGCCCGCGAGUCUCCAAAGGCCAACGGACAGAACCAGGGUUCUCCAUGCUCUUCAGGAGAGGACAUGGAGAUCUCGGAUGAUGACAGGGGCGGCUCGCCCCCACCGGCUCCCACACCCCCCCAGCAGCCUCCGCCGCCUCCCCCACCGCCCCCGCCGCCCCCUCCCUACCUCGCUUCCCUGCCCCUCGGCUACCCUCCACACCAGCCUGCCUACCUCCUCCCGCCCCGACCUGAUGGGCCGCCGCCACCCGAGUACCCGCCGCCCCCGCCGCCGCCACCCCCCCAUAUCUACGACUUCGUGAACUCCUUGGAGCUCAUGGAUCGGCUUGGGGCUCAGUGGGGGGGCAUGCCCAUGUCCUUCCAGAUGCAGACCCAAAUGUUGACUCGGCUCCACCAGCUGCGGCAGGGCAAGGGCUUGACUGCCGCCUCCACUGGCCUCCCUGGAGGGGCCUUCGGGGAGGCCUUCCUCCCCUUCCCGCCCCACCAAGAGACACCCUAUGGCUUACCCUAUGCUCUGUACUCCCAAGGGCAAGAAGGCCGAGGGGCAUACUCUCGGGAGGCCUACCACCUGCCCUUGCCCAUAGCAGCCGAGCCCCUGCCCUCCUCCUCCGUCUCAGGAGAGGAGGCCCGGCUGCCUACCAGGGAGGAGGCUGAGCUGGCAGAGCACAAGGCCCUGCCGUCGGCUGGCACUGUGGGCCGAGUGCUGGCCACCCUCGUCCAGGAGAUGAAGAGCAUCAUGCAGCGUGACCUCAACCGCAAGAUGGUGGAGAAUGUGGCCUUCGGAGCUUUUGACCAGUGGUGGGAGAGCAAGGAGGAGAAGGCCAAGCCAUUCCAGAACGCAGCCAAACAGCAAGCCAAGGAGGAGGAUAAAGAGAAGACAAAGCUCAAGGAGCCAGGCCUAGUGUCCCUCGUCGACUGGGCCAAGAGCGGGGGAACCACGGGCAUCGAGGCCUUCACCUUUGGGUCUGGGCUCCGAGGUGCCCUGCGGCUGCCUUCUUUCAAGGUAAAGCGAAAAGAGCCAUCAGAGAUUUCAGAGGCCAGCGAAGAGAAGAGGCCCCGACCUUCCACUCCUGCCGAGGAAGACGAAGAUGACCCUGAGCGCGAGAAGGAGGCGGGAGAGCCAGGACGCCCGGGGACCAAGCCCCCAAAGCGAGACGAAGAGCGAGGCAAAACCCAGGGCAAGCACCGCAAGUCCUUUGCUCUAGACAGCGAGGGGGAGGAGGCGUCCCAGGAGUCCUCCUCGGAGAAGGAUGAGGAGGACGAGGAAGAAGAUGACGAGGACGAAGACCGUGAUGAAGCCAUGGACACUGCGAAAAAGGAGACGGAGGUGUCAGACGGAGAGGAUGAGGAAAGCGAUUCGUCCUCCAAAUGUUCUCUGUAUGCCGACUCAGAUGGUGAAAAUGACAGCACAUCAGACUCCGAGAGCAGCAGCUCGUCCAGCUCCUCCUCUUCCUCCUCCUCUUCAUCAUCGUCGUCCUCCUCCUCCUCAGAGUCUUCCUCUGAAGACGAGGAAGAGGAACAGCCAGUAGCUAUCCCCUCAGCAUCACCACCCCCCAAAGAUGUCCCUGCACCCCUGCCCACACCUGUGGAGGAGCCUGCGCCAGAGAGGCCUGCGGGCUCCCCCGUCACACCACUCCCUGAACGAGAGAAGUCUCCACCGAGACCCACAGGCUUCGUAGAGGAACCCCCUCCCAGCGUUGCCCAGCCUCCUCCAGAACCCCCAGCCGGGCCCCCGGCCCCUGGCCCCCGACCUGAUGAGCGCCCCUCCUCUCCCAUCCCCCUCCUGCCCCCUCCCAAGAAACGACGGAAAACCGUGUCAUUCUCAGCGGUGGAGGAAGCCCCAGCCCCAGAGCCGCCCCCUGCAGCCCCACCGCAGGUCAAGUCCCCUGGGCCUGUCUCCCGCAAAGCCUCACGGGGCCUGGAGCGGACCAUUCGGAACCUGCCCCUGGACCAUGCGUCUCUGGUCAAGAGCUGGCCUGAGGAGGCAUCUCGAGGAGGCCGGGGCCGCUCUGUAGGCCGGGGCCGCUCUGUUGAGGAGGAUGAGGCCGAGGCCGGGGCAGACGUGGACUUGGCGGUGCUGGCCAACCUGGCCCUGACGCCGGCCCGGCGCAUCCUGCCCGCCCUGCCUGCCGGCGAUGACUCCGAGGCCACAGAAACGUCGGAUGAGGCCGACCGACCCGGCCCCCUGCUCAGCCACAUCCUCCUGGAGCACAACUACGCACUGGCCAUCAAACCGCCCCCCUCCAUGCCCGCGCCUCGGCCCCUGGAGCCCACCCCCGCGCCCGCAGCCCUCUUCAGCUCCCCCGCGGAUGAGGUCCUGGAGGCCCCCGAGGUGGUGGUGGCAGAGGCCGAGGAGCCCAAGCAGCAGCAGCAGCGGCAGGAAGAGGCAGAGGAGGAGGAGGAAGAGGAGGAAUCAGAGUCCUCUGAGAGCAGCAGCAGCAGCAGCAGUGACGGGGCCAGGGCCGUCCGCCGCCGCAGCCUCCGCUCCCACACCGGGCGCAGGCGGCCACCCCCACCACCCCCACCUCCCCCCACCUUUGAGCCCCGCAGCGAGUUUGAGCAGAUGACCAUCCUGUACGACAUUUGGAACUCGGGCCUGGACUUGGAGGACAUGAGCUACCUGCGGCUCACGUACGAGCAGCUGCUGCAGCAGACAAGCGGGGCCGACUGGCUCAACGACACCCACUGGGUGCACCACACCAUCACCAACCUGAGCACUCCCAAGCGCAAGCGGCGGCCACAGGACGGGCCCCGCGAGCACCAGACGGGCUCAGCCCGCAGCGAAGGCUAUUACCCCAUCAGCAAGAAGGAGAAGGACAGGUACCUGGAUGUGUGCCCUGUCUCGGCCCGGACGCUGGAGGGCACGGACACUCAGGGGACUAACCGUGUGCUAUCGGAACGCCGGUCCGAGCAGAGGCGGCUGCUGAGCGCCAUCGGCACCUCCGCCGUCAUGGACAGCGACCUGCUGAAGCUCAACCAGCUCAAGUUUCGGAAAAAGAAGCUUCGAUUCGGCCGGAGCCGCAUCCAUGAGUGGGGCCUGUUUGCCAUGGAGCCCAUCGCAGCUGAUGAGAUGGUCAUCGAGUACGUGGGUCAGAACAUCCGCCAGAUGGUGGCCGACAUGCGGGAAAAGCGCUACGUGCAGGAGGGCAUCGGCAGCAGCUACCUGUUCCGGGUGGACCACGACACCAUCAUCGACGCCACCAAGUGUGGCAACCUGGCGCGGUUCAUCAACCACUGCUGCACGCCUAACUGCUACGCCAAGGUGAUCACCAUCGAGUCCCAGAAGAAGAUCGUGAUCUACUCCAAGCAGCCCAUCGGUGUGGAUGAGGAGAUCACCUACGACUACAAGUUCCCGCUGGAGGACAACAAGAUCCCGUGUCUGUGCGGCACCGAGAGCUGCCGAGGCUCCCUCAACUGAGGCGGCAGGACUGGCGCCCGCGCCCCUAUUUAUUCCCCCGGUGCCCUGAGCCCCCACCCCCCAGCCUUAGUGGGCUUAGCUGGGUCCAGUGCCCGACAGAGAGGGGACCCAAGCCCAGCAAGGGAACCUCAGUUUCUUGAGGCAACUGCAGCCCCUCUUGUUGCCUCGCCCUACCCUCUCCACCCCCACCCCAAUUUUUUUUCUUUGCGGAGAAGAAGCUGUAAAUGUUUUGUAGCUGCCAGCAGCUGUUUCCUGUGGAAACCUGGGGUGCCGGCCUGUACAGAUCUGUUCUUGGGGGGCUGCACAGCCUCCUUGCUUUGUGUUAAUGGGGGCUUCCCCCCAUGCCCUGCAUAAACCCCUCCCCAGUUUAGGGGUCUCUAGGGGCAGUGGCCAUGUUCUCCCCCUGGGGGGGCCCUAUGCCCCCAGUCCUGGGGACUCUGUGCCUGGAACCCUGCCUCAUCUUCUGUUCCUGCCAGACCCUGUGGGUCAGCCUCCCCGGCAUCUGGAAGCCCCGGCUCCUCAGGCCAGGAUGUGGGCGGCGGGCCCUUCUUGUUGGGCUGGACUGUACAUAUGUUAAUAGUGCAAACCCAACGCCACAUUUUUAUAAUUGUGAUUAAACUUUAUUGUACAAAAGUG